UGCGACAAAACUGCUCAAAGAAGCAUGAGUCGCGGGGGGGGAACGCCCAACUGCCCGUGUGGCAUGCACCAACUCACAACGCUGCCGCUUGAACUCCAGACAACGUGGGAGGACAAGUGGGAGUACCAAGGGACGAAGUGGCGGGGCACUCCAGGUGGUCAAGCCUUGUGGCUUUACUGCCUGGAGUGUCACCAACAAAGGUGGCCACAGGAUGUGCGGAACAAGAACCGUUGGUGCAAACCAAAGGGCCCCGCGGCCGUGACCCCUCCCCCGCACCAGGGGAGCAGGGUCAUGCGCGCGGACGGUUCCUGGUUUCACCUAACCAGCCCUCCUCCUGAGGCUGGGAAUUUAGCUUUGGUGCAAGAUCAUUUCUUUUUCUGCCUUGGAUGUUGUGGACAAGUGGUGCCUUCCGCCACGCAGACUCCUCCGCAGAAGAAGAGGAAGUUGCAGCGCCAGGCACGGAGGCGGCGUCGCACGGCGAAAGCCACGCCAGUGGGUGCUUCAGUAGCUCCCGUGCCCUGGCCGCAGGUGCGGGCAGGCUGCGUAACACCGGCGCGGCGGGCGGCAGCUGCGCAGCCUGGUGCAGUGCCGCAGCCUGCAGCUCCACCGGAGCUGGCCCGUGCACCGGAGACGCCUCCGCACCGGUUGCGCGGCUCCAGCUCCGGGGAUCUUGCGUUCGGCAACAACUCUGCGGCCACGCCGCCGGGAGGAGGAGCCGGAGAAGGUGGCGAUCCAGAACUGCAAGAAUCUGGAUCUUUGGGUGUUGGCCACGCGCGGGAGCACUCGUGGAGUGCGACCGCUGCCACCGCCGUCAGCCGUAUGGGCAAGGCGUUUUUCAGGACGUGGGUGCGUCCCAGUUUACCGGCAGUGUGUCAGACACUCAGUGGAG